AUGCUCGAGUACCGCCAGCUCCAUGGCCGUACGUUCCAGAGCUACAAGUCGACAGAGUACUGGGGCCCCAACGACGACCGCCAGAAUGACGGUCUUGAUAUAGCUCACCACUUCAUUACGCUGCUUCUCGGCGACAAACUCUACGAGGCACCGAUUGACGAGCCCAAACGCGUGCUUGACGUUGGUACCGGCACCGGCAUCUGGGCCAUUGAUGUCGCCGAUGCUCACCCAGCCGCCGAAGUGACCGGCUUCGACAUCAGCCCUAUCCAGCCUUCCUGGGUGCCGCCCAACUGCAAGUUUCACAUUGAUGACGCCCAGCUCGAGUGGACGUACCCGCCCGCGAGUUUCGACCUGAUCCACAUCCGUGCUCUUUACGGCAGCAUAGCCGACUGGCCUAAGCUCUACGGGGAGGCCUUCAAGGCUCUCGAGCCCGGUGGUUAUCUGGAAAAUUUUGAAUUCACCAUCAACCUGCGGAGCGAUAUACCUUCGGUGCGCGAUGACCCGAAACACGUCUUCAAGCAAUGGGGCCAAGUCUUCACCGAGGCCAUGGAUCGGCUCGGCAAGACGGCUGAGAUCGGUCUCGAUGGACGCAUGAAGCGCUACAUGGAGCAGGCCGGCUUCGAGGACAUUGUCGUCAAGGAUUACCAUCUCCCCUGUGGCGGCUGGAGCAGUGAUCCCCGCCUGAAGGAGGUUGGCAUCUACAACCUCGCUUUCCUAGAGGAGAGCCUCGAGGGAUUCGCCCUGUUCCUGUUGAAGGAGAUCAUGGGCUGGGAAUACAUCGAGAUUCAGCUUCUGGUCGCCAAUAUGAGGAAGGCCAUUCGUGAUAUGAAACUACGACCCUACUACAUCGUACCAAAUGUUUACGGUCGGAAACCCCUGACGGCCGAGUAGCUGGCUGCCUCUAUGCCUGAUCCAAUAAUUCUCAAGAGCUCCCCAAAGCAAUAUUGUUCUCACGCAGGAUUCGGGUUGCUGGCGACAGCUUGCGAUGUUGCGUAUUUGCAUUCUCGUUAAGCGUAUCAAUCUUUAAGAUCGAAAGC